CAGAUAAAAUGUCAUUAGAGCUAAUAUUAGUUAUCAAAAAGAAAGAAUGAAGAAUGAUAAUAAGCUAUAUGAGCGUAAUAAGAAUAUAAGGAUUAGAUUUAUUUUAUUUUAUUUUUUUAGUUAUUUAUUAGUUUUUUUUCUCAUUGUCACGCCACACCCCAGCCCGCCAGUAGGUGGCGGAAAUGGACCUGUUGUUUGUUUGCAAACCGCCAUAAAACCCUAAAAGAAGAAGAAGAAGCUGCGCACCAGAAAGAAGAAAGAGAACAGUUUGAUAUCAAGAUCUUUAAACACAAAGGUCUGUUUCUCCAAGCCACACUUGAAAAGCAAGUUAUGUGUGACGCAGAAUUCAUUAAAGAGGAGAGUGAAGACAUGAGUGUUACAGACACCAGCACAAUGAGAAAUGAAGACGCUGCGGAACAAAGAGACCUAAUGGAACUGGAAGAAACAAUGGCAUCUGUAUGUCCUCAUUGUGGAAAGAGAUUGGGAAGUAAAGAGCAGCUUUUGAAGCACAUAAGAAUCCACACUGAAGAAAAUCCGUUCACCUGCCCUCAGUGUGGAAAGAGUUUCAAAUACAAACAUCAUCUAGAGGACCACAUAAGAAUUCACACUGGAGAAAAGCCGUAUGCAUGUGUUCAGUGUGGAAAGAGUUUCACUCAAAAAAAUGUUCUUAAGAACCACAUGAGAAUUCACACUGGAGAAAAACCAUAUGCAUGUUUACAGUGUGGAAAGAGUUUCACUCAAAAAAAUGUUCUUAAGAACCACAUGAGAAUUCACACUGGAGAAAAACCAUAUGCAUGUGUUCAGUGUGGAAAGAGUUUCACUCAAAAAAAUGUUCUUAAGAACCACAUGAGAAUUCACACUGGAGAAAAACCAUAUGCAUGUUUACAGUGUGGAAAGAGUUUCACUCAAAAAAAUGUUCUUAAGAACCACAUGAGAAUUCACACUGGAGAAAAACCAUAUGCAUGUGUUCAGUGUGGAAAGAGUUUCACUCAAAAAAAUGUUCUUAAGAACCACAUGAGAAUUCACACUGGAGAAAAGCCGUAUGCAUGUGUUCAGUGUGGAAAGAGUUUCGCAAACAAAACUCAUCUAGAUGUCCACAUGAGAACUCACACUGGAGAGUGGCCAUACUCGUGUCUUCUGUGUGAAAAGAGUUUUGCAAAAAAAAGUGUUCUUGAGAAGCACAUGAGAGUUCAUGCUGAAGAGCGCUCAUAACAAUGGCUCCGCAUUAACCAAUCAGUAAUUAAAAUUCGCGCCGCAUUAACCAAUUUAUUAACCAAUCAGGAUCCUGCUCUAGUAGUGACGUGAAUAUGGCGUAGCGAGUGGAGGCAGAAAUCUGAAACAACAAUGGAGGACAAAAUCAUCGUCGCUGUAUGUGGAUACCCGGAGCUGUACGAUACAUCUUCUUGCUUUUAUUGAAACAGGAAUAAAAAGGAUCUUGCUUGGAAGAAAGUGAGUGAGGAGGUCGGACAAUCUGGAAAGUCUCAAAAUCCAUGUCAGUUAUGUCGCAACGAGACUGGAGCCGCCUGCCAGAAGCCCCUCCCAUGAUGCGAAUUUGCGUCUGUUGUGAAGUGAAUAGGCUUGUUCGACUUGAUGCAGCCACAAGAUCCGACAGGCGGAUGACAUCAAAGUACCGCGAGAGCCAUUUGAAAAAACAUAAAAUGUUUGGUUUCGUAUCGCUCGCAUGGUACUUUGAUGUCAUCCGCCUGUCGGAUCUUGCGGCACCGCAUCAAGUCGAACAAGCCUAAUUUCACACGCCAAUGAAGCGAGUAAUCGCAUCUGGUGUGAACGCCCAGUCAGUGUUUGAGAUUGUCUUUACAGAUGUGAUGUGAGUCUUUAAUGUUCUGUUCACAAUCAGCUCACAGCUGAAAUACUGUCUGUGUUCUGUUCCUGUGUCACUUCUGAAAACCAUAUAAGGACUUUUGGAUGUAACGUUUGUGUGCCGUCCGGUUUUUUUUCCGUCUCUCUUUUCUCAGACACCACCAUUGGUCAGCAAUAUUUGUUAUGUUGACUGUAUUUUUUAUGUUUAGAGACUGUUAGAUUUAAUUUCCGCAUAAAUAAAUACAAGCCCACAAAAUAAAGAAUUGUGAAGUUGUUAAGCUCACUAUACAUUGCUGGGUAUUCAUGGGAGGAGGGGAUUCCUUCUAAGCUAAACAUUCUUUGUCUGACAUGCUAUACCUUAUUUGGUCAUUCUGUGAACCCCUGGACAUAUGAAACCUGCCAGAUGUCUUUUGGCACCGUAUAUAAAGACUUGUAGUUUCUAAAAUAAAUGAGUUCAAAAGCUUGAUGCCUCUCUGUGUCUUGUUUUUGUGCUCCCAGAUCUGCAGAAGAAUUCUCUCACAACAUCCAACCUAUUUCCAAUUUGAUUUUACUGGUGAUCCAAAACACAGAAAGAAACUUGGUGUUCGAAAGGAACUUGAAAUUUAUAGAGAGUAAGGCCAUGUGCGUUCCCUUCUCUCCUCCUCUUCCCUAGUGUUUCAUUUGUGUUUUGAACUUGCUAAUAAUUACCUUAUAGUGUAAAUAUCCUACAAACAUUAUUCUCUGAUUUAACCUCGCUGAAAAUAAACCUGUUGUUUUGCAUUGCACUGGUUCCUUGUUUUAAAGCCUGACACGUUUAAGGAUCAUUUUUAUAAACUAUGUUACAUGUCAAAUAUCCCUUGAAACAUCUUGCAAGUUACAUUAGAUUUUCACAUUUUGAUUGGUAUUCUUUUUAUUUGACUUGAUAUUGCAAUUUAACUCGAUGAGAAAGAUUAUUAAAACUAAACUUUGUUCAUAGGUUAAAGGGAUAGUUCAUCCAAAAGUGAAAAUU